AUGAGCAGCUCCUCGCAUUCAGAUUCAUCUUCGAUGCGAAGUCCACACGCGUACCUGGGGAGAAACUAACACCACUUGAAGAAGCUUACCCCACUCGACCUGCGCCGCAGCUCCCGAACUUUCGUCCCCUCUGUCCGCUACCAUCCACGGAGAAAUAAAACCACGGUUAAAACCCUCCGUACUAUUAUCAUAAUCUCUGAGCUUAGUCUGCAGACGGUGAUAGCGAGAGAGAGAGAGAGAAAGAACUCACUGACUGAAAUGCUGGAUGGAGGGGAUAACUGAGGCUUGCCGGUGCAGGUUUCCAGGGAGAGCGAAGGCCGCCACCGCCAUCGCUGCCGCCUCAGACGAGGAGGGAAGCUGAGAACGGAGACGACGGCCGCUUGGUGGAGGUGUGCAGGAAGCCCCGCGAGUGCUAGAGCUCGCAAGCCGGCGGCUUCCAUGGCGUCCGCCGCCGCCCUUCUUUCCCUCCGGCGAUCGUUUCGAAGAAGGGAGAAGAUAAGGCCGCCCGCCCCCUCUUGAGAGGAGUUGAACUGGACCGGACCGGCGGUUCAGAAGAUCCGGCCCGGUCUGGUUCUCAUAUUUGGGCCCAAAUCAAGCCCAAUAAUAUGUUACAAUGGGCUUUGGGCUUUUCUGGCCAAAAAAGAAAAUAUUUAGGCUCGAAAUAUGGGAAAUUCGUACACGGUGGUAUAUAAAAAGGAAAUGUUCCCCACGCACGUGGGAUGUUCCCCCGCGGCGGCACACGCCACCUCAUCCCACGCGGCGGUCCAACUUGUCUCGUUGGACGUGCCCCGCGUGCGGGCGCCCACUCGCACGUGCUCCACUCGGCCUUCAAGGCGGGUGAGGAUGCCGAAAUAAGCAAGUGGGGGGUUAAAAAUCUGUCCUGUCCGUCAAAAUGUCGUAAAAAAAUUAUGAUGAGAUAUUUGGGAAAAGCCACGGCACAAGUUUUUUCUUUAAAAAGUAUCCCUAAGAAAUUGUAAAUGUAUCCCUCGUCAGCGGUACUCGUUAAGGCGUCCACAUUGCGGGCCCACCACCGUGGCGAUCUCACUGGCAUGGGGCUGCGUAAUUGGGCUUCUCAUAAUUCGCCUGGGCCCACAUAAUAAUGGGUCGAAGACAGAAGGAAGGGGGGGGGGGGGCAGGAUGACGUGGAACCAUCAGCGCCGUAGUAAGUGAAUGUUCUGACAGAUCAUCAAGUACAUCUUCUUCCAAGGACGAAUAUCCACCGUACGAUCGAAUUCCUCGCCACGACUUAUCCCAUCAACAGCCUCCCCCCUCCUCACGUGCGUUUAUGGCUUGUGGGCCCCACGGAGGAAGCAGUUCCAAUGCUCUUCCUGAGUCUAGUCAGCGUCUUGUGGUUACACGUUAUCGCAGGCGUGGACGCCCGCCCAAUGGGGAUAACAAUACAAUAAUAUUAAGUUUCACUAUUAAUUUAAACACAUUCGUAUUUGUAGUAUGAGUUUUCGUGUAAAAGACAAAAUCCGCAUGGCCGUACCACAUCGAUCCUCUUUUGACGACCACGUCACUCCCAAUGCGGGAAGAGACAGGUCUGGAGACUGUAGCGCAGUUUACCGCCGGGAAAGACGCAGUUUAGAAAUCAAGCCAACGCGUAGCCGCGCUGCCUUUCCUUGCUUACCCCCCGCCCUUAAACUCACCUCCUCUGCUCACCCCAGAGAGAGAGAGGGGGGAGGGUAUCUUCCAUGUUACUGGUUUCGGAGAUCGGAAGAGACGGCGAUGAAGAAAUAGUUUAAAAACAAGAGAGAGGGAGAGAGAGGGAGAGAGAGAGAUGAGGAGAUCGAUCUCCAAUGGCUGCUUCCACACUCUGCUCUCACCGGUUUCCGCGCUCUCUCUUCUCAGAGAGUAAUGGUAGAGCAGCAGGCGGAGAGGAAGAGGAUUCGGGAUUUCCAGUCGUCCUCGCUCUGGAUAUCUCAUCAGGGAGGAGAUGACACACCUCGGUUUGGACUUCGAUCUUGUGAGUGGACUUGAUUGAUUAAUUGGUGCAGACGCAUCUCGGAGUUCGGAUUUGCGAAGAUCUGAGUGUGUCUGAGUGGAUGCAGAGAGAGGAUUCCACAUUCGGUGCUCCGAGAAUUCUCUUUCAGAGAGCUUCUUCAGUGGCGAGGGGACUGAAACAGGAGGUUCUGGUGGAUCACGGCUUCUCGACCUCUCCCCGUGGGCCAGUUCGUAACUCUUCUUGGAGGAAAUUCGAGAGGAGUUGGUGUCACUGGUGACGCCAUGAGCAAUCGCCGGUGUUAGAGGAGGCCGGCGAAGAUAUGUACGGAUCACCGGCGACUUCUAGAGAUCUGAACCUGGCAUUUGAAGUGGCGUCUGACGAGAGCCAGAAGGAGGAGGAGGAGAAUCUCCGUCACCGACACCAGCAGAUGAGCUCCGGCCUCUCGCGGUACCGCUCCGCGACGGCGCUGAUCGGUGAAACGGGAGAAGACUUCUUCACUCUCCGGUCCUCCGCCACCGAGACGGAGGCGACGGCUGCCAGAUUCACGUCCCCUAAUCCGCGAGAGCAGAUCGGGGGAAAGUCGCCCACUACCUCUGGCGCUGCCAUCUCCACCGUGCAUCGCCGCCUCCACCUAAUGACUGCGACGGGGACUGAACACCGACAGAAAGCAGGAUCAUCCUCCUCUACAUCGCCGAUGAUGUACUACUCACUGCCGAGAGAUCAGCUUCUCCCCCAUCGCUCCACCUCCGUGGCGGAUCAGGAAAUCCGUCCGGAGAGUCUCAACAACUCCAAUCUAGUCCGCCAGAGCAGCUCCGCGACCGGGCUUUUCUCCGAACUAAGCCUAGAACAAGGUAUUGCGAUUUCAUUUUUUAUUUUUUUUUCAGGAGCUGGGAGGGAAUGGAAUUGAAUUCUCACAACCAAAUAUUGUCCUUCCCAGGUGAAGCUCUUAUGGGAGGGGUGCUCGAACAUUGGACCGGUUCCUCCGGCGAAGCAACUCCGACUGGUAGCAGAAGGUUGAAGAGCCGGACGAGCAUUCCGCCCCGGCAGUUUCCAUCUCUAGAUUUGAUGUCUCAUAUUUCGGAGCUUCCUGGCCUCCCCAUAUCCUCCUGGGAAGAUCCCUCUCUUCUCUCAGAUGGCUUCGUCGGUUCCCUGAGGAGAAUCAGAGAUCCACCAGAAGUUCAGGCACUCCCCAUAACUCACCUCUCUUAAGUGAUUGCUCUCAGGCCUCAUUUAGUCAUUUGAUCAGCAGAAUAGAGAAGCUGGGAUCCAUUUUAGCUUGUCGAAGACUUCGCCGGAGAUGGCGUCCCUACUCCAGUUCCAAGACGCGGUCCCCUGCAAGAUCAGAGCCAAGCGGGGAUGUGCAACUCACCCACGGAGCAUAGCUGAGAGGGUAACCUCCCUCACUCUUCUCUGUUCUUCCCCAUUGUUCGAGUCGUCUCUCUAGUUCAUGAAAUUAUACACAGCUCGUCUGCUUGUUAUAAUCUCCAACAUGUUAAGUUAAUUAUGAUGCCCGAUUGAUUUCUCUCUCUAAUCUCUGUGUGUCACUCUCAGAUAGAUUCGCUAUCUUCCAGAGUGAUCAUUCACGGAGACAAAUAUCUCAAUGUUUUCUUAUAGUUCAAAUCGAGUCCCUAUUGGAGCUUAAACUAUGUUUCACCACGACUUUAUCUUAUCCAUUGACUUUUCUAUCCUUCUAAUCCAAAAUUAACAUUAGUUCGCUAGAGAGGUUGUAUCUAUAUGA